AUGUCUAACAGAAGAGAACGGAUUGCCUCUCAAGACGAUCAUGGUGAGGCAUUCUUCGAUUCCCGUGAACCUCGACAAGGAGGUUUCAGAGGUCGUGGAGGAUUUCGUAAUGGAGGAUCGAAGCAGGAACAACAAAGAGAGAAUCCCAGACGAGAUAUUGAAAAUGACGAAAGAGAUUUGCUUCCUUCGUUUCCAAAGGCUAGCAACAGGGAAAAAAAUGGACCACGAGAUUUUAAACCCCAAAACAAUAAGAAUAAGAACAGACCAAGAGAAUUGCCCAAGCAUCCAAGUGAGACCUUCACUUCAGAACGAGAGAGGACAAAUUAUGCUCGGGAAAGGGGUGACGGCUAUGGAAAACCUCGAGGUUCAAGGUAUCAAAACACUAGAGGAGGCCGUGGUCAGAAUUAUCCCAGAGCUAGGGAUACUUAUAAUCAGAGAGGCGAUAAUUAUUCCAGGGAAAGUGAAUACAGAGAAAGAGAUGACGACUAUAGUAGAGAAGGGUACAGAAAUCGAAGAACUGAUCCAAGAAACAGAGAAAGGGAACUAGAUCCAAGAGACAGGGAAAGGGAAAGAGAAAUAGAUUCAAGAGAUAGAGACCGAGAUUCAAAUUACAGAGGGUACCCAAAAGGCCCAGAAAGGGAAGCCAGUUUCUCACGGUACUCAAGGUACGGCGGAACUCAACUUCCGUCAGGCCCAAAAGCUUCGCUUCGAGACCCGAGAGAUAGAGACAACGGAGUCAGACGGCCGAAUGAGUCGACUCGACCAGCUAGAGGUUCUACUAGAGGUCGAGGAAAUUUUAGAGGUAGACUUCCAACUGGACCAAGAUCUGCUGGAUCCAGAUACGAUAACCAUUCGGAGUCUGAUGUGGAUGAAGAUGUCUUUCUUCAUAAGAAAGAGCCUACACAGUUUAUGUAUAACCAUGAAACAGAUCAGCUUAUUUUUGAGAGGAUUCAACAAGUUGGUGAGGGAACAUAUGGUAAGGUUUAUAAAGCCAGAAAUCUGUUGACUAAGAAUUUUGUCGCUUUGAAAAAACUCAGGUUGGAGGGCGAGAAAGAGGGAUUUCCAAUAACAAGUGUGCGGGAAAUUGCUCUUAUUCAAUCAUUUGAUCACGUUAAUAUUGUUAGUCUCACUGAAAUGAUGGUUGAAAAGAAUUUUAUCUAUAUGAUCUUACCAUAUAUGAACCAUGACUUGUCGGGUAUUCUGACACACCCAACGCUACAAUUCACGGAUGGACACCGGAAGAACAUUUUCAAGCAGCUUCUGCAAGGUAUGGAGUACUUACAUUCAAAGCGAGUCAUUCACAGAGAUAUUAAAGCCUCCAAUAUUUUGCUUGAUAACGAUGGAGUAUUAAAAAUCACCGACUUCGGUUUAGCAAGGAAAAUGAAGGAUCUCAAUAAAGACGCACAGUCUCCAGAUUAUACUAAUAGAGUCAUAACAUUAUGGUAUAGACCUCCUGAGUUGUUAUUAGGCUCCACGUCAUAUGGUAGAGAAGUGGAUAUUUGGGGAAUUGGCUGUUUGCUUUUGGAGUUGUUUACGAGAAAGGCUAUAUUUCAAGGAAACAAUGAGAUCACCCAACUUCAAAGCAUUUUCAACAUUAUGGGAACUCCAACAACUGCAAGUUGGCCUGAUAUGGAUAAUCUUCCAUGGUAUGAAAUGGUGAAGCCACGAAGUCGGAUAGUAAGUCAAUUCGCUGAUAAAUACGGAACUGUACUAAAAGAUCCGGAUUGCUUUCAUUUGGCUGUUCAGCUUCUAUGCAUGAAUCCAGCAGACCGAAUCACAGCUAAAGAAGCACUUGCUCAUCCAUAUUUCAAAUCGGAUCCAAGAACUGAACCAUUGACUUUUCUGAAAGAGUUGGGCAGCGAGUGGCAUGAAUAUGAAUCCAAAAAACGGAGACGGAAGGAAAAAGAAGAAAAGAGGAAAGCUACUGUCAGUAAAUAG